AAGGUGGUCAAUUUUUAUCUAACCUUUGUUCUUUUAGUUGCCAAAAAAACAUCUCCACUUUUUAUCAGACCUCUGAUUGUUUUUUAUAGUUGCCAAGAUAAAGGAUGACAUGUGGGAACAGCUAGAGUGCGUGUCGGACUAUGGUUUGUCCGCGGAUGAUUCUGACCUCUCAAGACGGCAAAGUGCCCGGAAGGCAUCGUUGCGAAGAAAUUCUCGAUUUUCCAAUCCGACAGACAUCAAACGUAGACUCUCACAGUUAAAUGCCAUAGCAGAAAGAAGUCUAAAUUUGAUGAAGACCAUGAACAAUGCCGAGUCACAGCGAAGCUUUUCGAGGUCGAAUUCGAAAAGACGCUUGUCCAGACAGGACAAAAUGAACCCGCUUGAAAAACUACAGAGGUCGUUAUCACAGGGGCGUAUCCUGCCGUACGACAGUGGUGGAGAGUCCGAACCAGAAGAGGGAAAACUAAUCCAAGACGAAAAAUCGGCGGAGGGGACAGUAAAACUCUCCGUGAUUUUCACCUAUAUAAAAGCUAUGGGAGUGAUCGGUACCGUCCUAUCAAUGCUGUUUAUAAUACUUUUUCAAGGACUGAAUGCCUAUGGAAAUUUUUGGUUGACAUUUUGGACAGAGGAUGAAAUUAUCAAAAAUCAUUCACUGAUUACGACGCAGGAAUAUUCCAACCGAAAGUACUACUACCUCGCAAUUUAUACAGUCCUCGGUGUUCUCCAAGGAAUUUUCCUGUUUUCGUUUGUUUACCUCGGACUGACAAGGUUGAUAACUGCCUCCGGAUCCCUACAUUCCUCCAUGUUAUUUUGUAUUUUACGUUCACCGAUGUCGUUUUUUGACACGACACCUGUGGGUCGGAUUAUGAACCGUUUCUCUAGUGAUAUAGAUAUAUUAGAUGACCGCCUUCCUCGAACCUUCAGGCUGUGGGCUGUGAUGCUGUCUACCUUGUUAGCCAUUUUGGUUGUGAUAUCAGUGAACACACCUAAUUUUCUUAUUGUCAUUAUACCCGUGGGCAUUUUUUAUAUUUUAAUUUUGAGGUUCUACCUCCCUACCGCCAGGCAGCUGAAGAGAAUUGAGGGCGUGACCCGCUCCCCUGUAUAUAACCACUUUAGUGAGUCUAUCACCGGUGCCAGCUGUAUCCGAGCCUACCGAGCAGUGGACCGAUUUAUUACCGAGUCCCAGGCCCGAGUAGACACAAACUCAACAUUCUAUCACGCCGCAAAUACAGCCUCAUGGUGGAUUGCUAUUCGACUAGAAUUCUUGGCAAAUCUUCUGGUGUUAUCAGCCGCUGUGUUUUCUGUUCUUUCUGAUACUUUGUCUGGGGCGGGGAUAGGACUCUCCCUAACAUACUCAUUACAGGUUGUAAUAUCCCUGAAUAUGGUCGUCCAGUCUGUGAGCGAGAUGGAAAUGAAUAUCGUAUCAGCAGAAAGGGUAGAGGAGUUCACGAGACUCCAACCAGAGGCUGAAUGGAUCAAACAGAAGAACCGCCCAUCUCCUACCUGGCCUGACACGGGGGAGGUGGAAUUUAAAUCCUACACCACCCGGUAUAGGGCCGGUUUAGACCUAGUGCUGAGAGGACUCGACUGUGUCAUUAAAGGAGGCGAAAAGAUAGGUAUCGUAGGUAGAACAGGAGCAGGGAAAUCAUCCGUGACGCUGGCGCUGUUUCGCAUCAUUGAACCAGCAGGUGGAGACAUCAGCAUUGAUGAUAUGUCGAUAUCUUUGAUUGGCCUCCAUGACUUAAGAUCUAAAAUAACAAUACUACCUCAGGAUCCUGUAAUAUUUUCUGGGUCCAUCCGUUCUAACUUGGAUCCGCUCCAGAGAUUUUCAGAUCAGGACCUUUGGGUGGCGAUAGAGAGAGCUCAUAUGAAAGACUUCGUCACGCUGGCUGUGUAG